AAUGUGGUUAUAAAUUCAACUCAUUAAAUUUAUGGGUACUUAAGUUGUCUCAAUUACAGUUAUAAGGUUUGUGUAUUCACAUUUCCGGCCUACGCGCUGAGAUGAGUUAUGAAACGAGCGACCUGCAACAUCGACACGAAACUUCCGUGGCCGCUCUAGACAAACGACUGAUCCCCAGUAAAGGAAAACUGUCGUCAGAUCUUCAGGAAAGGUUGCUGCCUAUACCCAAACAAGAGGAAAAUGUCGAUGGUUAUGCGUGUCAUCGAAUUCGACCACUUUUCAAGCCAGAUCAUUCAGUAGAUGAAAACUUAAUUCAAAAACUUCGCGAUGCGUCUUUAUCAGUAAAUAUUAAUAAACUGCCAUCGGAUCAAGUUAGGCAAUUUCCCCUUAACGUUGUGAAUACGUUCUCCUGUUUACGCAAAAGUUCGAAUGAUGAUGGCAAGCCCAUGGAUUGCUCUUCAGAUUCGGAACGAAAUUUAUCUUCCAAGUCGUGUGUUCGGAGCCAAGCAAACGCCGUAUCGGAAAACUUACGUUCGUCCGCUUCGACCAGCCGAGGAGCAACGACCGCCGCAUCUAAAACCGAUGCGGAAGUUGCUUGGGGCGAGGCCAGUAAAUGUAUUAACGGAAAUCCCAUGACGGGAUCUGGUCUCUUCGGUAUCGUGCAAGAAGCUUGUGCCAAACACAACGUCAAGUGGCCUGUUGAAUGUCAGGUCGUUGGUCCAGCCAUCCAGCACCUCGUAGACUGGCCGUUAUAUCCAGAGCCGUUUUACCGCGCCUCUGGCUCAGAACUUCGACCACAACCCGUUGGUGAUGAAACCGGCCGCGUGGUGUACAACUACAACCCCACCAGCGCGGUGAACUAUUUCUCUCGGUCAUGCGUCGGUGGCAACAAGCACGUGAGCGACGAAGUGCGACCACCACUCACAUCGGAGGCCGACAGCACACUGCAGUUCGAAUCUCGCUUCGAAAGCGGCAACCUAGCAAAGGUGAUCCAAGUGUCGGAGUGCUACUAUGAACUGCACCUGAGAUCAGACCUGUACACGGCCCGCCACACGCAGUGGUAUUACUUCGCUGUCUCCAACACACGCAGGAAAAUGACGUACAGAUUUUCUAUCGUGAACCUGAUGAAGUGUGACAGCCUCUACAACCACGGACUGCGGCCGCUGCUGUACAGCGAGAAGGAAGCUCAGCUGCACGGCGUGGGCUGGAGGAGAUGUGCUAGUAACAUCGUCUACUUCAGGAACCAGGAUAAGUAUGACCCCAGCUGCCUGGACAGCGAUGACGACGAUGCAGAAGAAGAAGCUGCCUCCUAUACCCUCACUUUCAACGUGACGUUCCCUCACGACCACGACACUGUAUACCUCGCCCACUGCUACCCUUACACCUUCUCCCUCCUGCAGCAGCAUCUCCUCGCCAUCCAGAACGACCCAGCGAGAGCGAGCGUGUGCAAGCAGCGCGUGAUGUGCCGCACACUAGCGGGCAACCCCGUCACCCUCCUCACCAUCACCAGCAACCAUCCCGAGGACGAGGGCAAGAAGAAGCGCGCCAUCGUGCUGACGGCGCGCGUGCACCCCGGGGAGACGCCCGCGUCCUGGAUCAUGAAGGGUGCCUUAGACUUCCUUACCUCGGAUAACCCUCGUGCCGUGGACCUGAGACGCCAGUUUGUGUUCAAGAUUGUCCCAAUGAUCAAUCCUGAUGGAGUUAUCGUCGGCAAUCAUCGGUGCUCGUUGGCAGCGCGUGACCUGAACCGACAGUACAAGAUGGUCGUCAAGGAGAUGUUCCCUUCUAUAUGGAACAUCAAGGCUAUGGUCAGGAAGCUGAUGGAUGAGCACGGAGUGGUUAUGUUCUGCGACUUCCAUGCGCACUCGCGCAAGCAUAACACGUUCCUGUACGGCUGUGAGAACAGGAGAAGUCAUGAGAACCAUCUCAGAGAACAGAUCUUCCCGCUGCUGCUACACUACAACGCUGGCGAUAAAUUCAGUUUCCGCGGAUGCAAGUUCCGCAUCCACCGCAGCAAGGAGGGCACCGCUAGGAUCGUCGUGUGGAUGAUGGGUGUGCUACACUCCUACACUCUCGAGGCUUCGUUUGGUGGGGCCACCCACGGCACACGCGCCCACACCCACUUCACACUCCACGACUUCACUACACUCGGCCUACAGUUCUGUGAAACUUUACACACCUACUUCGACCCACUGCCUGUUAAAGAAAAGCUACGCCACAAGCUCUGGGCGCGUCUCGUCAAGAAGGGCUCCAAUGCCGACGAACCAACGGCCGUCGAUCUCAGUGAUUCAAACUCCAGCAGCGACGAUUCAGACAAACCCCCGACAUCAUCGUCGGCCGCUGCUGGCCGCGCCAAAAAGAAGAAAGCAGCGGCGUCCAGCAGCUCCAAUGCGGCCAAAACGUCCGCAAGGAAGCGAGCAGGAAUGAAAGGAAGCAACUCCGCGGUAGACAAACUGUCGCGAAACUCAAAGAUGGACAAACAGUGCUUAUCUCCAGGUCAGUACGAUGACGCUGGUAUCGGUACUAGUCUGGGCCAUCAUCUCUCGUAUUCGUCUUCAUCUGACGUCCCUAAAACAUACAUCUACGAUCCAACAACAUUGACUUUAGUUCGUCGAUCUUUGAACCGCCGCUCGACAGGUUCAUUGGACCUCCCAGACCACCAGUCUUCUGUAGAUCAGAGGAAUUUCCUGUCUCGGGAAUUGCUCAGCGAAGAAUGCGUCAGUGAUGCUCUGGUCAAACCAAGAUCAAAUUCGCUCAGGGUAAGGAAAGGCAAGACCGGCAAGAAAUCUCGACCAGCCUCAUCUCGAAAUCUCCCACCAAAAACGGACGGUUCUCUCAGAGACGAAACAUCCUCCCCCAGAAUCAGUUCAGCAAACGCUGCUUCUCCCUCCCAAUUCAAGGAUUCUUCUGCUGUGCGGAUUCAUCGUGGUCUUGAGUCACCAAAUCAUCGUGGUCUUGAGUCACCAAAUCAUCGUGGUCUUGAGUCACCAAAUCAUCGUGGUCUUGAGUCACCAACUCAUCGUGGUCUUGAGUCACCAACUUUAAUCAUAAACCAGAGUCCAAGCUUGUCACGUAGAACGGCUGUGACUCCGGCGCUGAUCCAGCCGACUGACUUGCCCUUCUCGCCAGAGAACAUGGGAGCCACUGGAGGCACAGAGUUCAGCAGAGCCACGCAAGCCAAGACCUACAUGGAGAGAAUGAGUGAGAUGAACGCCAGGCUCGCCGUCAGCGACCAGGAGGAUGAGAACGUCCGGUUUUGGGACUUCGACUCCUGCCACGACAGUCCGCGCUGCAGCGGAGUUGUUAACAAGAUCCUGUCAUCUCCGCGCAGCAGCUCCCUCAGAAUGUGUGGUGACGCUGAAACGCUCGGCCCAGUAGUGGGCAAAAAUUUGUUUUCCGACCUACAAAAAUCGGUCUACCAUCCAUCCAGACGAACCCUCGUUUCAACGACCAAGUCGCCACGUCGUGCUCUGCACCGAUCUUUGACGAAUCUCCACCCUUCCUCGACCUCACAUGUUACACGACUGCAUUCUCCACCGGUUCUUCCCCUGUCUACUUACACUUCGCAAUCAAGACUUGAUGUGAAGCCAAGAUCAAAUUUCCGAAGCCAGUUUGCCACUCAUGAUAAUGGACACCCAGAAAAUUAUUCGAAUUCAACUCUCCAUGUGAAAAUUGAUUCGGAAAUUGAACCAACUAAUUCUUGGUUACCGAGUGUUUUACAUGAUAAAGUAGAGACGUAUAAAGCGCCAGCUUAUUUUAAAUCUGAUUUUAUUGCGAAUAAAAUCGACAUUCCCGUGUACUAUUCGACAGGGAAUCUUCUAAACCUUGACUAUGUUGAUCCCAAUGCGAUUGCAAACAGGAGAAUAAACAGACUAAUUGAAUCCUCGGGUUGUGCUUCACAUCCUGGCAAUGAAAGUUCAUCCAGUGACUCUGGUUAUCGAAGCAAGCGAAGCCAGCAGCAGAAAAACAAGAAAAUCAGCCACAAAUUCUCGGAGGAAGCCAUCAAUUCGGCACGGAAAGACGAUGACGGUCAACUAUGCCCGGAAAUCGAGACUGGCGACACUCUCUUCCUUGAUAUCAGAGCAAAAGAGCCUCCAGAACUCUUGGCUGUCAAGAACCUGAAGGAGAAGGUCAAAAAGAAGAAAUCAAGUAAAGAAAAAUUAUUUGCCAUUGACGCCGGGAUUGGGGGACCAACUGAUCGUGGUGACUCAAUGGAGCCUUCGUCUGCAUUACGACCGCUGAACGACGUUUCUGUUUCAGUGGAAAAAGUGGAUCAAAGUGACGAAGCUACAGUCAAAAUACGCAAGAAGAUUAAAAUCGUUAUUGGCAAGAAGCCUAAGCUGAAAAUUGUCCGCAGAAAAUCACUGAUCGAUAGUGGGACAUGAAUUUCGUACGAGAAAGUUUAUCUAGGUGGAAAUUUCUGAAAAAAAUUAGCAAGAUAGCUUGUAGUGUCGUUACGAACUUGCCGCGCAAGAUGUACCGAGUAAAGAGAGCGCAGCCGUGCACCACCAAUUUUGUGCACCAAUAAGCCCUGAAUCG